AUGAGGCAAUUCACUUCUCUGUGCUCUCCAUGCAGGCGCAGUGUAUUAUUAUUGAAGAGCUCCCCUGCUCUUGGCGCAAGCCACGUGCCCAUCCGAUACUCGUCCCUCUCGGCCAUCCAUCGGGGACUGCGCGACUCGGAAAAGACCCGUCCGCAAGGCUUCGCCAAUGGCGCCUUGAAAACGACCGGCUCGUCACGGACGAAGAGGAACACCUCGAGAAACCGCCGCGAUCAAGACUGGACCCCGCCCACCUUUACCAUCAAGAAGGGCAAGAAGGACAUCACAGAUGAGGGCCCCCAGCCCAAGUCGAGAAAGGCCCGCUUCAAUGACCCUACCGAGACCUUCGGAAAGAAGAGUCUGGUCUACCAGAUGAAGCAUGGCGACCUCCGUCAGAAGCUAUCAGCUCUUGCCGGUGGGAAGGAGGACAACAAUCGCUCCGCAGAUCUGACAAGCUUCGAGGGCAAGUUUGAGAGCGCCUUUGGUCCGAGCAGCACGCGCGGCGCAAAAUCCAGGGAUGACGACCGUCGUGGAAGGGACUCCAGGGCCCGCGCUCCUGAUCGGAGAUCUGACCGCGGCGGCCGGCCAUCUCGUGACGACCGACCGUCCUUCGACCGACGCCCAGGUCGUGAUGGACAAGCAUCUUUUGACCGACGCCCAGCUCGUCCCAGCCGGCCAUCUUUCGACAACAGGCCACCUCGCGACGACCGAACAUCCUUCGGCGAUCGAGCACCUCGCGACGAUCGGCCAUCAUUUGGCGGACGGCCGACUCGUGAUUCCGACUCGCGGAGACAGCUGCCCGACCGCACUCGUUCCACAGAUUUUAUGAAGCCGGGUGACCGCCCAGCUUUCUCUCCAAGAUCAAGGCCAACGGAGGACGAGCAGCCCUUCCGUAAAAGCUCAUUCAGGGAUGAUCUGCCCAUUCGCAUUCAUCAUACCACAGCCGCGUCCCAGUUCUUAUAUGGGCGCUCCGUGGUCGAGGCCGCUCUGAAGGAUUCUCGCAGGAAGCUAUACCACUUGUACCUCUACGCCGGCGAAGACCGCAAGAAUCUCGUCCAGGAUGCGGGACUGCAGAACCUGGCGGAACGGAAGCAGGUCAAGAUCACGAAACUCACAGAUAACGAUGGGUUGCGCAUGAUGGACAAGAUGAGCGUUGGCCGGCCACAUAAUGGUUGUGUGCUCGAGGCCUCGCCGCUCCCCCAGUUGCCCCUGAAGAGCCUCGGUGAACUCUCCGAAGACCCUGAGAAGCCCGGGUUCAGCAUCGAGCUUGCUCAUCAGUCGAGCGAAGAAGCAGCCAUCAACGGAACUUCGGACUUCAUCUCCUAUCGCGCGCCGCCUGGCAGAAAGCCCUUUGUCCUACUGCUUGAUGGCAUUCUUGACCCAGGCAACCUGGGCGCAAUUCUCCGCUCGGCUGCCUUUCUAGGCGUCACCGGUGUCGCAAUCAGCAACAGCGGAUCCGCGGGUCUGACGCCUGUGUCCCUGAAGGCUUCAGCGGGUGCGUCUGAAGUCCUUCCGUUGUACUCGGUGUCGUCUACUCUCGACUUCAUCCAGCGGUCCAAGGAAGCCGGCUGGAUGAUUUAUGCCUCCGUGGCUGCUGGGCCUCGAUCCAGGGGCAACUCGCAUCUGACCCUCGAGCGCGUCGAGGCCUAUGAUCCUCUUUCCGAACAUCCCACUAUCCUCGUCAUUGGUAGUGAGGGCGAGGGUCUUGGCAAGCCCGUCAAGAGGAUUGCGGACUUUGAGGUUUCCAUUCCAGGCAACGCCAGCUUGCUAAGUACUGUCGACAGUCUCAACGUCAGUGUCGCAACGGGCAUUCUUUGCUCGUCUUUCUUGAAGAAGAGCCAGGGUUUCGAGAUUGAAGAGGCGAUGGACGACAUCAAAGCCAAGGAGGGCGAAACAACCACGCUCUGGUAA